AUGGUUAAGUUUGCAAAGGACUUCACUGCCGGCGGUUGGGCCGCUGUUGUAGCCAAGACCAUAAUCGCUCCUGUGGAGCGUGUGAAACUGAUUUUACAACUCCAGAAUGCACAGUCUACUAUCGAAGUAUCGAAGAGAUACCGAGGAAUGGUUGAUUGUUUUGUUAGGGUACCCAGAGAACAGGGAUUUCUCUCGUUUUGGAGGGGAAACUGGUCCAAUAUUCUUAGAGCAUCAAGUCAGGUAGGUGAGUUAUGCUAUUGUAAUUAAUGCGUUUUAGGAAAGUCUGGGAAUGGCAUUUAAAGAAAUAUUCAAGAAGUAUUUGGUAACCAAGGACAGUGAUUAUACAAAAUUUGUUGCCGGUAAGUAUUCUUUUAAGUCGAAUAUGCGGAUUUAGGCAACUUUAUGGCCGGAGGAUUGUCUGGAUGUGCCACGUUUUGUUUUAUUUAUCCCUUAGAUUUCUCACGGACGAGGCUGGCCAUUGACAUGGGUAAAGGUAAGAUUUUUGUUUGUACUGUUUUUGACUAUAACAAUCAUUUUUGAUGUUUAGAUGCUUCGUCCAGAGAAUUCAACGGUUUAAUGGACUGCCUUAUGAAGAUUGGAAAGCACGACGGGUUCUUUGGCCUCUAUCGAGGCUUCCUUCCUUCCCUUCAGUACAUUUUUCUAUAUCGUGCUACAUAUUACGGGCUUUUUGAUACGCUUAAGGUAGUCGCUGUCGAUGCCGGUCUUGCCAAACACAAUGAUCUCAGUUUUUCCCUGGCGUUUGCAAUCGCUCAAGUACGUAUUUUUGAUAUUCAUGUUUAUAUAAGUUUGUUAUCGAGUGUUUACACCAAUCCACGUGGUCAAACGUUGAUUGAAGGGCAGAUAGCAAGGUUAUGAGCUUGCAGGGAGGCUACCCAAAACAGUCUAUACGUAUUUCUGUGGGAAAAGGGCAAAAACAAACACGUCGGAAGAGCCGAAGAUUUAUUCUUUUUAUAUUUCUGCAAAAGCGAAAACAAAUUUAAUGCAUUGAUUGGAAGAGAGUGGGAUUACUGGGUUAAGAGAUUAUUGGGCAUCUGAAAUGCUCCAAAAUAAAAGAAUACACCAAAUGAAACAGCUUUCAGUACACCGCCAUCAUGGCAGCCAUGCUCUCAUAUCCCCUGGACACAGUCCGACGACGGCUGAUGAUGCAGGCCGGCAAGAAGGUACAUGCUUACAACGGGACUCUCGAUUGUGCAAAGGUAGGGAAUUAUAUUGAUGUAGAUGGUUGAUUGUAGAAAAUCUAUCGGGCUGAAGGUUGGCGGUCCUUCUAUAAUGGGGCCUUUGUCAAUGCUAUCCGAGGGGUGGGGGCAGCCCUUGUCCUAGCCCUUUACAACGAGAUGUCCAAACACUUCUAG